UGGCUGCCCGUCCUCCUCAUGGGAUGCGGGCGGCUGUGGGCUUUCAACCUGGACACCGACAACUACCAGCGGAAGAACGGUGAACCGGGCAGCCUGUUCGGCUUCUCCAUGGCCCUGCACUGGCAGCUCGCACCGGAGGAUAAGAGAUUUCUGCUGGUUGGCGCCCCGAGAGCGAAAGCCAUGAAUGGUCAAAAAUCCAAAGUGACAGGAGGACUGUACGGCUGUGACAUGAGCUCCAGCUCAACUGACUGCGUCCGACUUACAUUUGAUAAUACAGAGGAUACAAAAAGAGAGAGCAAAGAGAACCAGUGGAUGGGAGUGACAGUCAACAGUCAAGGGCCAGGAGGGAAGAUUGUGACCUGUGCCCAUCGAUACCAGCGCCGGCACAAUGUAAAAACAUCCAGCGAAUCACGUGACAUUAUUGGUCGCUGCUUCGUGCUGAGUCAGAACUUGGAAAUCGAUGAGAAUGCGGCUGAAGAUGGAGAUGGCUGGCACUUUUGUGACCAGAGGCCCAGAGGCCACGAGAGUUUUGGAUCCUGCCAGCAGGGGCUCUCUGCCACGUUCGACAAAGAUUACCACUACUUCAUCUUUGGGGCUCCAGGAGCAUACAACUGGAAAGGCAUUGUACGCUUGGAACAAAAAAAUGCCACCCUUAUAGAUUUGGGCAUCUAUGAAGAUGGUCCAUUUGAGGUGGGAGACGAGAGAGAAAAGAACGCCGACCUGGUUCCUGCCCCUGCCAACAGCUACAUGGGAUUUUCUCUGGACUCGGGUAUGAGUUUGACCAAGAAUCGUAAGCUGACAGUGGUGGCGGGAGCUCCUCGGGCGUACCACAGCGGGGCGGUGAUGCUGCUCAAGAAAGGCGAGGGCGCCAACAACAUCUUGCUGGAAGAGUACACCCUGAAAGGGGAGGGGCUUGCGUCCUCUUUCGGCUAUGAUCUGACUGUGCUGGAUCUCAACGGGGACGGCUGGCAGGACAUCGUGGUGGGAGCACCUCAGUACUUCGAGAAGGAUGGAGAAAUUGGUGGAGCCGUUUACGUCUAUGUCAACAAAGAAGGAAUCUGGAACAAUGUCAAACCGAUCAGAAUAGACGGACCGAAAGACUCCAUGUUUGGCCUCGCUGUGGAAAACCUGGGAGACAUCAAUAUGGAUGGUUACCAGGAUUUUGCAGUGGGAGCUCCUUAUGAGGGUGACGGGUCAGGAAAGGUUUACAUCUACUUUGGAUCAGAUGCAGGACUCCGCUCUGAAAAAGCUAAUCAGGUGCUGUCGGGCCAGACUGUUGGUGUAAGGCUGUUUGGCUACUCUUUGGCAGGCAACAUGGACCUGGAUAAGAACUCCUAUCCAGACCUGGCUGUCGGAUCCCUCUCCGACUCUGUCUUUGUGUUCAAAACCCGGCCAGUUAUUAACAUCAAGAAAGUAAUCACGUUCACACCGAAGGAAAUCGACUUCACCAAGAAGAACUGUGACAGUGGCUUUUGCUUGGAGGUUGAGGUCUGCUUCACUUACACAGCCAACCCCGCAAGCUACACUCCCAAACUGACGGUGGAGUACAUUCUGCAGGCGGAUGCUGACCACAGGAGUAACGGUCUCACUUCCAGGGCGACCUUCCCCGGGUCCUCCGACUCUGACAAGGGAACCAUCGUCAUGAACAGCAAAGGAGCAGAAAAGUGCACUAAACGUCAGCUUGCCAUUCAGGAGAACAUUCGAGACAAGCUGCACGGGAUCCCCAUCGAAGUGACUGUGGACAUCAAGGACGCCAAACGUAAACGCAGGCAGAGCUCGGGUCCUCUGCCCCCAAUUCUAGAUGCUCUAGUGCCGAUGACAACUCGAUCAGUGGUGAAUUUUCUGAAGGAGGGUUGUGGCAGCGACAACGUUUGCCAGAGCAACCUGCAGAUGCAAUGUCAAUACGGCAGCAGGGCGAGUGACAAGGACCCCUUCGUUCCAUUGAAAAAGGGGGAGGACGGCAUGCCCCUAGUCUCGCUCAGCAACCAGAAGGACAUCACCUUGGAGGUCAAAGUGACCAAUCUGGGUGGAGAUGACGCACAUGAAGCAAGUUUGGUGGUCUCCUUCCCGCCAUCCCUGACCUACUCAGCUCACCAUGUACCUGGUGAUAAGAGAGUCAGCUGCAGAGCCAAUAACGACGGUUCCGAAUUGGAUUGUGAUCUUGGAAACCCUUUCAGCCGUGACUCAGAGAUGACCAUCUACAUUAUUUUGGGUACAUCCCGCAUCUCUAACGACAAUUCUGACCUGGAGAUUGAUCUUCAGCUAAAUACCACAAGCAACCAGGUUAUAGCUCCUGUCAAAGCAAAGGCAAAGGUGGCCAUCAUGUUGCAGCUGAUGCUUUCAGGACAAAUCCAGCCGUCUCAGGUCUACUAUACAGGAAAGGUGAAAGAUGAGGCGGCCAUGAAGACUGAAAGUGACGCAGGCCCUGCCAUCACACAUCAGUUCAGAAUAGUCAACCUGGGAAAACGCUUGACGGGUCUUGACAGCGCCACCCUCAACAUCAGGUGGCCAAAGCAGGCGGCGCCGGGCAAGAGGCUGCUCUACCUGAUGAGGAUCAGCUCCACAGGAGUGGAGAAUAUCGAAUGCACUCCAAAAGACGAGAUCAACCGUCUGGGGCUGGAAUCAAGUAGCAACAGGAGAAGAAGAUCAGCAGAAAACUCCCAGGGAAAUAUUGAAGGCAAAAUUUCCCGUUACGAAGGAAAGAAAUCACUAUCUCUGUCCUGUGACAGCGGGGCUGAUUGUGUGACCAUAAAGUGCCCCCUGCAGGGCCUGGACAGUAAUGCAGUAAUCACUAUCCACUCUCGCCUUUGGAACAGCACCUUCAUUGAGCAUUAUUCCGAGUUACAUCAUGUGGAGGUGAUAGUGACGGCCUCUCUUCACUUGGACAGCUCAAAGAAGAACACAAUUCUGGAAAACACUCAGACUCAGCUGAAACUGACGGUGUUCCCAGUGAUGCGUGCAGCUCAACAUGGAGCAGUGUCAUGGUGGAUCAUAUUGCUGUCCAUCCUCCUCUUCCUGCUGCUGCUGGGCCUCUUGGCUUUCCUUCUCUGGAAGUGCGGCUUUUUUAAUCGUGCCAAAUAUGAAGACAAGGUCCCCAGUUACAACGCGGUUCGGAUCAAACGGGAGGAGAGAAACAUAAAUGCUGGAAAUGGUAACUGGGCGACCCUGGAGAAGAAGCCAUGGAUGACGACCUGGCAUGACGGCAAACAUUAUUCUUGA